AUGAAUGCUGUGAACAGCGACAAGUUCGUCCCGAGGAGAGCCGGGGCUCCGUCGCCUCCGCCUCCGCUUCUUCCUCCCCGGCCUCGCGAUGUCGGCCGUCUACUCCGGGCCGACGACAAUAUCGAUCUCCCGCCUUCAUACGAGGCGUCCACCCUCCGCAGACCAAGCGACGCACACAUCCGCGUCGCCGUCCGCUCCUCCCAACACGCCUCCAACAGCAACUCCUCCCUACCAUCCCUCAUCGCCGGCCGCGACGGCCGCACCAGCAUCAACACCACAGGCUACCUCCUCACAACCCCCAUGAGCGCCAGCCUCGACCGCUACGACCACUGGGGCCAGAGCCACCCCGCCGACGGCUCCGGCUGCUUCUGCUCCGACUCCGAGGGGUGCUGCUACUCGAGCCGCGGCGGCGUCGUGUGCUCUGAUCGCGACGGGGGCGUGUUGCUCGGAUGGCAGAUCUUGCUGCUUCUCGAAGUUCGAUAUGGAAGAUUCUCAAAGGGGAAUUCCGACGAUGACGGUUGA